AUGGAGCAGAUCGGCUCUCACGGCGUCUUGAUUUCGGGCGUGAAUGGCGUGGGAAAGUCGCUGGCAUUGGUAGCAUUGCAACGAGAGUUACUGCGAGAGAAGAUUGGAACGUGGCGGGUAGACGGGAUGUCGCUACUGAUGGGAGCGGAGAGCCCAGCAUUCCCUACGGCGUACGAGUAUUUGACCCACGAGCUCGAACAGAAAUUCCCGGAGCUAGGAUCCCUGAGUGAUGCUGAGACUUCAGCAUCUUUGUGCGUCGGAGUCGUGCUAAUUGACGAUUUGGACGUCCUAUUCCAAUCAGCGGAUGGUCUGGUUGCCGAUGGUUCUGACGCACAGCUCCCUCAGCUUGGUAGCUCGUUGCUACGGUUAAUCGACGAGCUGAGCGCACGCAACGCACAUUUUGCUAUCGUCGGAACGACCACGAGUGCCGAUGCAAAUGUGCCACUUGUUGCCAAGCGAACAGGGCGGUUUGGGAAGGUGUUGGACUUGGUUGUUCCCACAGAACAGUCACGUCGCGAGAUCUUGAGGCGCCAUCUCAUCGGCCUGCCACUGCGCGGUGAUGAAGAAAUGCCAGUUGCUGACAAUGCGGGGAGCCUGGCCUCACGCUUAGCGACACUGACUGGGGGCUACGUAGCGAAGGACCUGGUCAGGAUCUUCGGAUGGGCGGAGCUAUUGCACGCGCAGCAGCAGGUCAAGCCAUCGCAGCUUCGGGAGCUGAAUGUGGCAUCUCCUGGAGCACCAGUAGAUGGGAAACUCGUGUUCGCCGGCUACGCAGCCGUCCAAAAGCAACUUUUUGACUUCGUCUCGUGGAAAUUCCACCCGACUGAAGCGAUGAAUCGUUUGGGGAUCUCCAACGCGUCUGGAAUUUUGUUGUCAGGCCCCUCAGGUUGCGGAAAGACAUUGCUGGUACAGACGUUGGCAGCUAAGGCUCAGGUGAAUUUCGUGUCGGUGAAGUCUUCAGAACUUCUCUCCAAAUACUUCGGCGACAGUGAGAAAGCGGUCCGACAACUCUUUGCCCGAGCACGAGCAGCAGCGCCUUGCCUUUUGUUCUUUGAUGAGUUUGAUUCUAUCGCCCACAAGCGCUCGUUCGGCGAGGGCGACGGAGGAAGCAGUGGUGGCGGUGUUUACGCGCGAGUGCUGUCUACAUUCCUCAACGAGAUGGACGGUGUCGGCUCGCAACGAGUCACUGCAUCGUCCGUCUCGCAUGCGAAGGGGUUCGCUGCAUCGGAAAGCGGGGGCAUCCUUGUGGUAGCAGCAACGAAUCGGAAAGACGCGCUUGAUGCUGCUCUCAUUCGCCCAGGGCGAAUCGACAAGACCGUUGAAUUGGGCUUCCCGACACAAGAAGAUAUCCAGGACAUCUUCGCUCAUUACACCAGGAAGAUGCCGCUGGCUGCUGACGUCGAUAUCCAAGCUCUUGCUGAACGCCCUAGAGGUUCUCGUACGUUCACGGGCGCCGACAUUGCGGCAAUUUGCAAGGAGGCCGCCUUCCGCGCACUCCGCGAAGAUAUCGAGGCGAAGACUGUGUGCUUUCGGCAUUUUGAGGCUGCGUGGGACCAGCGCGCCGAAGCAACCCCAACGUACACGACACCGGCUACAGCAAACCCCGAGUCCAUCGCAAAGCCCAACCCGUAG